AUCUUUCAUUUCGUUUUCAACACAUCAUCUUCAUCUCCACUUCACUUCACUUGACACUCUCCAUCAAAAAAAUACACACACACAAACAAAAACAUGUCAGAAACCCAAAUCAGGUUCGGUAUCUUAGGAUGUGCAGAAAUUGCCCGCAAAGUGUCACGCGCCAUAACACUCGCACCAAACGCAACCCUUUACGCCAUAGGCAGCAGAUCACUAGAAAAAGCAACAAAAUUCGCAUCAUCAAACAACUUCCCUGAAACCGCCAAAAUUUAUGGAUCAUACGACGCCGUUUUGGAUGACCCAGAUGUUGAUGCAGUGUAUAUUCCAUUGCCCACUAGUCUUCAUAUCAAAUGGGCUGUUGCUGCUGCUGAAAAAAAGAAACAUAUUUUGCUUGAAAAACCAGUGGCCUUAAAUGUCGGUGAGUUUGAUAAGAUUUUGGAAGUGUGUGAAAAGAAUGGGGUCCAGUUGAUGGAUUCUACUAUGUGGAUGCAUAACCCAAGAACCAAGAAAAUGAAGGAGUUUUUGUCGGAUAGUGACAAGUUUGGUGACUUGAAAUCGAUGAAUGCAGUAUUUACCUUUGCUGCGGAUCCAGACUUCCUCGAGAACGAUAUCCGUGUUAAACCCGACCUUGAUGCACUUGGUGCACUUGGAGAUGCUGGCUGGUACUGCAUCCGGGCAAUCCUAUGGGCAGCCGACUUUCAGCUGCCGAAAUAUGUGACUGCUCUACCAGGAACUGUCUUCAACAAAGCCGGAGUUAUUAUAGCAUGUGGGGCUUCCUUACACUGGGAAGACGGUAAAGUGGCAACCUUCCAUUGCUCGUUUCUUGCAAACCUCACAAUGACCAUAACAGCUUGCGGAACGAAGGGUAGUUUACAUUUACAUGACUAUGUUAUCCCUUUUGAAGAGAAGCAAGCUUCAUUUUCCACAGCAACGGAAUCUGGGUUUACUGAGUUGGUGACUGGGUGGGUCCCAUUACCAAGUCAGCACACGGUCAUGACUGAUGUUCCGCAGGAAGCUUGUAUGGUUACUGAGUUCUCGAGGCUCGUUAAAAGUAUUAAGAAUGAUGGUUCUGUAGCUGAGAAAAUGUGGCCAACACUAAGUCGAAAGACACAGUUUGUGUUGGAUGCUGUGAAGGUUUCCACUGAGAAAGGUGGUGAGGCAGUGAGUUUGAGCUGACUCGGUUUGGACUGGGUUGUGAAAACUUGGUGUGAAUUGUGUUGUUGAAAUAAAGCUGGAGACAAGUGAACUAGCCUAUCUGUGCAACCUCUAAUAUAUAAUGUAUUUUGUUAAUGCAAUUGUGGUUUAUUUUGUUCA